ACGCCUGGUUGAACCAUUUGGAGCAGUUUUUCAGCUUCUUUUUUAGAGAGGAUUAGAGUAGAAGAGGCUGUGUGAGGAGAAUUUCAGAGAUAGCAGUUAGACAGACGAAACAGGAGAGCCCAGAGAGAAAGUAGGAGCUAAAAGGAAGCUUCUGAGGAAAGCCGGUGUUUUCUGAAAUAUCGCUUCUUGGGCUUUAUUUCUGUAUUCAUCUGUCACCCGGACUAUGGACUGUCUGGUUGAUUGAGUAGCAGACUGAGAGAUAGCUGAUCAGCUUCCCUGGAUUUCGCUGACGUCCCCGUUUUGUUUUGCCUGAAGAUGGAAACACUGGAGUCGGAGCUGACCUGCCCAAUCUGUCUGGAGCUUUUUGAGGACCCACUGCUCUUGCCCUGUGCUCACAGCCUUUGUUUCAACUGUGCCCAUCGUAUCCUGGUGUCACACUGCACCCCCAGCGAGCCAAUCCAAUCCAUCAGUGCAUUUCAGUGCCCGACCUGUCGGUAUGUCAUCACCCUCAACCAGAGGGGCCUAGAGGGACUAAAACGCAACGUUACAUUACAGAACAUCAUCGACCGUUACCAGAAGGCUUCCCUGAGCGGACCUAACUCUCCUAACGAGACUCGGCGGGAGCGAGCUGUCCCCGACUGCAAAGCCAUGACAUCUCCCGGUGACCGGGUGCAGUGUCAGUUCUGCGAGCAGGACCCUCCGCAGGAUGCCGUGAAGACCUGCGUCACCUGUGAGGUGUCAUACUGCGACGAAUGUCUCAAGGCCACACAUCCCAACAAGAAGCCUUUUACAGGCCACCGUCUGAUCGAGCCCUUGCUGGACUCCCAUCUGCGAGGUCUCAUGUGUCUGGAGCACGAGGAUGAGAAGGUCAACAUGUAUUGUGUGACAGAUGAACAGUUGAUCUGUGCAUUGUGUAAGCUGGUGGGUCGACACCGGGACCACCAAGUGGCCGCUCUGAGUGACCGAUAUGAUAAACUCAAGAAAUCUCCCGGCCGCUUUCUCUGUCUGGGGCGUGAUCGUUCAUACCAGGAGGCAGACCAGCAAGCCUUGGAUUCCAACCUCAGCAGUCUAAUCAAGAGGACCAGUGAUUUGGAAAGUCUGAUGGGCAAACUUAUCCAAACCUGCCAACAUGUGGAGGUAAACGCGUCGCGACAGGAAAACAAGCUGCUCGAGGAGUGUGACCAGCUGAUUAAUAUCAUACAGCAGCGGAGACAAAUCAUAGCGACCAAGAUAAAGGAGGGGAAGUCUGUGCGGCUGAGGAAACUAGCCCAGCAGAUAGCCAGCUGCAAACAGUGCAUCGAGAGGUCCUCCUCCCUCAUCACUCAGGCCGACCACACUCUCAAGGAGACAGACCACACUCGCUUCCUCCAGACGGCUAAAAGUGUCUGCGAGAGAGUUUCUAUGGCAACAGCAUCCUCUCAAAUCCUGUUACCAGAAAUCAACUUGAACGACACGUUUGAUACUUUUGCUCUGGACUUCACAAGGGAGAAGAAAAUGCUUGAAGGCUUGGAUUACCUCACAGCACCAAAUCCACCAAUAAUCCGCGAGGAACUAUGUACGGCUUCGUAUGACACGAUCACGGUUCACUGGACAUCAGACGAUGAAUUCUCUGUCGUAUCGUAUGAACUACAGUACGCCAUCUUCACCAGCCAAUCUAAUGUUGUCAGUUUGUGUAACUCUGCUGAAAGCUGGAUGAUUGUACCAAACAUAAAGCAAAAUCACUACACCGUGCACGGGCUCCAGUGUGGCACCAAGUACAUUUUCAUAGUGAAGGCCAUAAACCAGGCUGGAAACCGCAGCAGUGAACCAGGGAAACUCAAGACCAACAGUCAGCCAUUCAAACUGGACCCCAAGUCAGCUCACCGGAAGUUGAGGUUGUCCCACGACAACCUGACAGUGGAGAGGGACGAGACAUCAUCCAAGAAGAGCCACAGUCAGGAUCGCUUCUCCAGCCACAGCAGCUACGGUGUUACAGGAAACGUCUACAUCGACAGUGGCCGCCAUUACUGGGAAGCUCUGAUAGGAGGAAGCACAUGGUUUGCAGUGGGCAUUGCAUACAAGUCAGCGCCAAAACACGAGUGGGUCGGCAAAAACUCCGCCUCCUGGGUACUGUCCCGAUGCAACAACUCGUGGGUGGUGCGUCACAACAGUAAGGAGAUGCCCAUUGAGCCUUCCCCACACCUGCGGCGUCUGGGGAUACUGUUGGACUACGACUCCGGGUCUCUGUCUUUCUACGACGCUGUCAGCUCUCAGCACUUGUAUACGUUUGACAUCGCCUUUGCUCAGCCAGUCUGCCCUGUGUUCAACGUGUGGAACAGGUGUUUAACAAUCCUCACUGGACUGCCCAUCCCAGAUCACUUAGAGGGGACAGACUACAACAAUUGACAAAACCUGUCGUGCUGGAUUUCCUCCUGUGUAACCCAAAAAGAGACCAGAACUGCCUGCACCUCAUUGACUGUGAUGCCCGCGUACUGUUGACAAAAUGAAAACAGUAACCUAACCGUGUACAUUCCUAAUCAAACCUGAGUUGACUGGAAUUAUUUAAAGACAUUUUGUAGAUGUAUUUCUUUGCUUUGCACAUUUAUGUACAUUACACUGCUGGAUGGUUAUAAGGGUUUGCUUAAGUUUGGAGAUAUUUCCAAAAAAAAAAAAGUUUUUUUUAUUUCUACAUGCUUUUCCAGUCACAUGUUGUUAAGGGUGAUGAGUGGCAAGUGGACUGAGUGUAAUGUUUCUGGAAGGUUGUAUUAUAGGUUUAUUUUAAAAUGUUUUUGAAAGAUGUUUAAGUCAUAGCACUUUGAGAAGACAAGGUUGUCACUCUAAAAUGUAUUUCUAAGCCACUUAAUAAUGCAAAACCUUUCCUUGUCGUUGUUAUGUAAGGACAGCGCACUUAAAUAGACCCUAUAUAACAACAGUUAACAAUAGUUUCACUUACAAAUUUGAAUGUGGAAUCGGUUCAAUUCAACAGUUUUCGAAUAUUUAUUAUCUGUAAAUGCUCCAGCGCAGUUCAGCAUUAAUAGAUUAUCCAGCUCCUCAUUAUAGCCGUUUUAAAAGAGUUCAUCACAGCCUUCACAUUUAAGUUUCUUUCUGACAAGAUGUAAUAAAAGUGACUUCAUUUGAUUUUCCGCGUGACUUAUUCUCUUCGUUUUGAGACAUGCCGCAUGUCACUCAGGAAGACGAUGUUUUAAUAUGCCGUGUACUUGCUGUUUACACUAAUUUGAGCUUGAUCUCUCAUUAAACCUUAAACGAGCUCUCACGACGACACCACAGUGAAAAGAAAAUCACCACCGCCGCAGAGGAAAGUGUUGAUUUACAGAACUCGCUCUGACCCUCGCUGUGCCAAAAUAUAACUUCUGACAAGAUUUGCUCUGACAUCUCUCUUUGUUCUGGAGUAACGUGGCUUGAAUUCUGCAGCAUCUCCUUUCAACUAAAGUAGACAAGAGCAAAAAGAAAGAGAAAAAAAUACAAUCUGAACUCUGCGUGACCUCCUCAUGAGACGCCCUGCAGAAACAUCUUUACUAUGCGAGCACAACCUCCUCCCAUGUAAUGCCACCAGGGCUCUGUUGGGUUUUGAGAUGUGUGCAAAGAAAUAAUGGAAGCCAUUUGUGCAAUCAUCGCUACAUAGUUCUGGUUUUGACUAAAAUGUUUUAAACAAAUCAUUUGUCAGUAACAAUUUCAUAAAGAUUUUCUGACAAGAUUGUAUCAUUUCAUCCCAAGCAGAGAAUGUUGAAGAAAAUAUGUAAAAUAUAAAUGCUCUUCUCAAGACAAUGGACUAUUGAUUGUGAGGUACAUGCAAUGAUUUCAUCACUUACAGCUGAUUGAAACAAAAAACUGCAAACAUAUUUAUCCACUGUCUGAUUUCCAUUAUAAAAACACGUCUAAACAAACACGAUAUUCUCUGUUCUUUUGUGCUUUAUCUUCUACGACAAGACAUGGUGGAGUUGGCAAACAUUUUAGUAAGGCUCUGUAUGUUUGG